GAAGGGAACUUAAUUAAUGCAUUUCCAUGGCUGAGGUUCGUCGUCACAUUUUUGAUAAUAAGCCAAAACGAAGUCGUUCGGCUGCUUUCAUCGGAGGACAUUUUGAUUUCUCUAUUAUACAAUCGAACAAAAAAAGUCUUCGGCUUCUCGUCGGAUCCGUAAAUAAGAGAGAAGAAGAAGAAAAGAUGUUAAUCACGAGGGGUAUUUCUCGCAAGUUCCGCAGCUUCUAUGGCUGCUCUCGAUCUCUCAUCGCCUCUCGUCGCCUCGCAAUCAUACCCGAUCGGAGUCACUCCUCUUGUUCCGACUCUACAUAUAAGGAGGGUUACGUUUGCAGAGGUACUUCUUAUGCGUUGACUUCUCCGGGUUUUGGGAGCUUUAGACAUCAGCUCUAUCACCAGAGCAGCUCCGUUGUUGAGGAGGAGCUUGACCCCUUUUCGCUUGUUGCUGAUGAGCUGUCACUUCUUAGUAAUAAGUUGAGAGCCAUGGUAGUUGCCGAGGUGCCGAAGCUUGCCUCUGCGGCUGAAUACUUCUUCAAAAGAGGUGUGGAAGGAAAACAGUUUCGUCCAACUAUUUUGCUGUUGAUGGCGACGGCUCUGAAUGUACGCGUACCAGAAGCAUUGGCUGCUGAAUCAGCAGAUAUUGUCCCAUCAGAAUUACGCCUAAGGCAACGGGGUAUUGCUGAAAUCACCGAAAUGAUACAUGUUGCAAGCCUCCUGCACGAUGAUGUCUUGGAUGAUGCGGAUACAAGGCGUGGUGUUGGUUCCUUAAACUUUGUAAUGGGUAACAAGAUAUCGGUAUUAGCAGGAGAUUUCUUACUCUCUCGGGCUUGUGUGGCUCUUGCUGCUCUAAAAAACACAGAGGUUGUAUCGUUACUUGCAACCGUUGUAGAACAUCUUGUUACUGGUGAAACCAUGCAAAUGACUAGCACAACCGAUCAGCGUCAUAGUAUGGACUACUACAUGCAGAAGACAUAUUAUAAGACGGCCUCACUAAUCUCAAAUAGCUGCAAAGCAAUUGCGUUGCUCGCUGGACAGUCAGCAGAAGUUGCCAUGUUAGCUUUUGAAUACGGGAGGAAUCUGGGCUUGGCAUUCCAAUUGAUAGACGACGUUCUUGACUUCACGGGCACAUCAGCUUCUCUGGGAAAGGGAUCGUUAUCAGAUAUCCGCCAUGGGAUCAUAACAGCUCCAAUACUCUUUGCCAUGGAGGAGUUUCCUCAACUACGCACAGUUGUUGAUCAGCUUGAAAAAGAUCCAACAAAUGUUGACAUUGCGUUAGAGUAUCUUGGGAAGAGCAAGGGAAUACAAAGGACAAGAGAGUUAGCUAUCGAGCAUGCGAAUCGGGCAGCAGCAGCAAUAGGGUCUUUACCUGAAACAGACGAUGAAGAUGUGAAGAGAUCAAGGCGGGCACUUAUUGACUUAACCCAUAGAGUCAUCUCCAGAAACAAGUGAAGAGAUAAAAAGAAGAAGUCUCUAUAUAUACACCGAACAUCGCCAUUACUUCAAAUUUCAUUUCAUUUCAAUUGUAGGAUUUUGUUUUUGUUCAACUCCUUUCACGAAAUGAUUUGUUGGACAAAAAGUGGAUUUCAUUUUAAACAUAGAUGAAAAAAAAAAGACGGUGACACUACUUGUGAAAUCAUUCUCAGCAUCUCUCGUCAUUCAAUUUGAAUAAAAUAGCUGAGCUUCUUGUGGAUCAA